AACCUCACCUUAGUCUACUGUACGUGGCAGUGGUCACCUGUACGUGGUAGUGUGGUGGUGUGUACGUGGUAGUGGUUGUGUGUACGUGGCUGGUGGUCGAGGAAUACACUAUGACAGAUAACUGGAAUGGCGUUAACUCAAAUCUCUACGCCAGUACGGGAGAUCUGGACAAAGUACGAGUCACCUGGAAACCGCCCAGGUACUCCAGGUACAGGUCCUCCGGCAACGGGGAACUACACCAGGGUGACCAGAGAGCGACAGGUCCUACCACCUCCUCUACACAGGUCCUCUCCCAGAAGAGAAUCUAUGGCAGUGUAGGAAGCUUGAACCUACCUGGGGAUGGUGAUUCCUUCGAUGGGAUUAAGGAUUCUUAUAUCCCCGAUGGGUCAGAUGGCAUUUGGAGACAAAUAUGUAAGGCUCGUCACCACAGCAGUACAGGGGAGACACAUAGAUCCUACAGCAGUGAGAAGCUGGCCACGUUCUCAACACCGGGAGGAGAGCAGGAAUACUACAAUACCUUAGACUCGCAUGAAACACUGCCCGCCAACACCUCCGCGACAUUCCGCACAUCAGAGAAGACACAGUGGAAAUACUUCAACACAAGAGACAACACGCCACAUAGUCCCCAACAUGCCCAUGAGCUCUCACUCUCCACCAAGAGACACAGCCCACAACAUACCCCACACGACGACGACCAAAACGAACACAUAUUCACGUUUCCAACACGACAAGCUACCCAAGAACACCUCAGCGACACAGGAGGGACACGCAAUACUCUAUCACAGCGACAACAGGUUUUCAAAGGCAGGGAGUCACGUCAGGAGCCACAGGGAACCGCAGUAGCUCACAGGACUCCUGGUGUAGGGAGGUGCUCUUCGUAUUCUCCACCACCACGACAACAUGAUCAGUUCCUUCCUCAGACACAUCCAGACGAACAGGAGGGGCAUGACAGUCCUUCUGCAGGAGUUCAUGUGGCCAUCCCUGCGUAUGUCAUGUUCAGUCCUAACUCCUCCUCAAACGAUGAUCACGAGCAACUGGCAACCACCAAGGAGCAGGAUACACCGGCGUCCCCAGACAGCCUGGAGGAGGACCCAAGGACAACAAUAUCGACCUUAAGGAGGGAGGUUAAACGUAUCACCAAGAUGAAAGAUGAGAUCGAGGAAAACCUUCUCAAGAGUCAGGUGAGGAAGACAGCGCUGAAGAAACAAGUAAAGGAACUGACUGAAGAAAAACAGAAGUGGACACAAGAAAGAGCCACUAGGGAUUCCAUCAUCGUUAUGCAGAAGUCUCAGAUAAACGCUUUGACCCAAGAGACUGCUAAGCAUGACCAUAACAAGACGUCUUCAACUAACUUAGAGGCGACGCAGCAGGAGCGGAUCCAACAGUUAGAGACCCAGCUGCGGCAGGAACAGCUCCUCCGUCAGGAACAGUUGGCUAAACUAGAACGAGAAGUCUCUCUAAAAACGGAGAAGGUAGAAGAGCAAAGGAGACUGCUGGAGAAGGAAGAGAAACACCGUCGGGAGAAAGUGUCUCAAGAGCAGGUUUAUUCCUCCAAGGUUCAACAGGCCAAGGAACUCCUCGAACACCGCCGUCACCAGCUGGCGGAAAUGGAUCGAGAACUUUCCCUGAGGACAAAGAAGAUCGGAGAACUGGAAGAGAAGUUGCAGAAGGAACAACACCUUCGUCAGGAGCAGCUGGCUAAAAAGGAGAGAGAGAUCUUCCUCGGAACAGAGAAGAUUGACGACCUGGAGAGACAACUGAGGCAGGAAAAGAAACUACACCAGGUGAAGGAGCCUCAGGAACAGGCUCCUUCCCACCAGGCACAGCAGAUCAAGGAGAUACUUAAAAAACGGCGACAGGAACAGGAGCAGCGACUUGAGCAGCUGACGGAGAAGGAGCGAGAGGUUUCCCAUAGGUUACGUCAGAUUCAGGAGUUGGAAGAGAAGCUGCGGCAGGAACAGCAGCUUCAUCGGGAACAGCUGAAGCAGAAGGAGCGAGAGAUAUCGUCCCUGAAGGCACAGCUGCAGGAGAGAGAGAGAGAGUUUAGCAGCUGUACCACCGUUCACACCACACAACCCCUGCCAGCUGCUACGGCGAGGCAACAGGAGCAACGGCAGGAGAAACACCUGUAUAAGGAACAUCAGGGUCGAGAGCUGCUUCAGGAGGAACAGAUGCAUAAGGAACUUCUCCAGCUGGAACAGUUGCAACAGGAGAGACAACGCCGCCAACAGCUAGUGUUUCAGGGACAUCUGCAGGAGAAACAGCUACAUCAGGAGAAACAGCUGCGUCAGGAGAAAACUAGCCAUCAGGAACAGCUGCGGCAGGUAAAGGACAGCCGUCAGGUAGUGCAGGAGCAGCCACGGCGAGAGAGUAACCGUCGUCAGCAGCCACAGCAACAAUAUCUUCCUAAACAGCAGCACCUCCGUCAGCAGCCACAGCAGCUCCUUCCUCAGCAGCAGCACCUCCGUCAGCAGCAACAGCACCUUCCUCAGCAGCCACAGCACCUUCCUCAGCAGCCACAGCAGCAACAGCACCUUCGUCAGUCCCAGCAACAGUACCUUCCUCAGCAGCAGCAGCAGCAACCACAACAACAAUAUCUUCGUCAGCAGCAGCCCCAGCAACAGCACCUUCCUCAGCAACAGCACCUUCGUCAGCAGCAGUCACAGCUGCAGCAAGAGGUCUCCUUCCUCAAGACACAGCUGAAAGGAGACGAAGGUUCACUCAGACACAAACCUGACGUGACACAACAGACUGUGUCAACUAUUCCAAAGAUGACACAACCCCUGCCUGGUGCCCCGACCACGGCAGGACUGGGUCUACCUAACCUGGGCAACACCUGCUACAUCAACUGUGUCAUCCAGUGUCUCUUUAACAUAACCACCCUGAGGGACUACUUCACACAGAGCCAUUAUAAACAUGACCUCAAUAGUGAGAGCGAGCAGCGAGGGGAGGUGGCCCUGGCACUAGCUCGGGUUUUCAGGGCCAUGGAGUCUGGUAACCAGGUGAAUGAGGCCAUGAAGACUCUCAAGGCGGUGGUUGAGGGGCGGGACAAGGUAUUUCAGAUGCAUCACAACCCCAAGGCAAUCGACCUCUUCUCCUCCCUCCUCUCUUGGCUUCACCAGGAUCUCUCACAGGGGGGCAGUGAUCCUCAGAGUGCCGAGGGCUCCUCCAUAGUGUCUCACCUCUUCUAUGGCGUCAAGGAAUCCAUUAUAUUUUGUCGCGUGAAGAGGAAGAUUGUAUCCCUAGCUAGAGAGAGUUUUGACAACCUCACCUUGACUGCUGUGGGUCCAGGUCAAUGUUCCCUUCAGGAGCUGGUCAGUAACCACAUGAGGCCGCAGGAAGUCGACUGGGAGUGUCAGCAUUGUCGAGGUUUUCACAGUUGUUUACACUACACCACCUUCACACACCUGCCGCCUCUGGUGGCUAUACACUUCACCAGGCACCACAGCAGCGGAAGCGAGGCACGGGUCAUCUUUCCCGCCGACCAGUUUACUCUUGACGUACGACUGACGGAUGGCGUAGUGCAGUCUCCAGGUUACGAGCUAGUGUCUGUGUGCAAUCAUCAGAUCACGAGGACCUCAGACCACUACGUCGCCUACUGCAGGAGCCAGGAACGCAGCAGGUGGUGGCUCUGGGAUGACACACAUCUCCACCCUGCCCACCUCCACCACGUCCUUGGCCUCCAUCUCCCUCAUAUUGUCUUCUAUGAGGCCAACCUGGACUGAUGUAGUUGUAGUUUGCAUAAAAUAUUGACUCUGGUACAGUCAGUUGCAUUUAUACCUGGUACAGUGGUUGGUGGGUUUUGUGAGAUGUGGCAGCCACGUGUUUGUUUACAUCGUAUUAGAAUUCCCAGAAUGACCCCUAAUAAACCUCGCAAUAGCAACACGACCAAUGAUGCUAGAGAAACAACACAGAGUUGCCACAACUUACAAAAUGCACCAGUUAGUGUACCAGGUGUAAGUGUAGGCGACUGUACUUUAUGAUGGUAGAAUUCGAGAUAAACAGUUUGUGGUGUUGCUCUAGUGUAGACGCUCACUAUUUCCUUGUUACAUAAUCUUACAUAUUUAUAAAACAAGAAUGAUUAAAUUGUUGUCUAAAUUAUUACUUUUGUAGAAAUAUUCAAUAAAGAUGUUAUGUUUUGUGA